UUGGAGGAGGGUUUGCGGGGCGUCAAAGAGGGGCUGAUGUCCACCUGUCUGUGGGUUCUGUGUGCGCAGGCGAAGUUGUCGAUGGCGCUGGUGAAGCAGAUCUUGCAGUCUCUCACGAGGCACUUCACCAAUGAAGGUCCUCACGGCAAGGACCCUGGCAAGGGGUCGAGGCACUGGCUGUGCAACUACUGCGAGACUCGGUUCGUUGGCACAAAGUCGGUCCUCAAGAGGCACUUAGUGACGAAGUGCAGUAUCGAGCUUGUGACUCGUGCAUUGACAGCGGAGGAGAGGGUGACCAGAAUUGAGGGCAUCCGGCUGGGGAAACACCAGGCCAGUCAGCUCGAAGGCGCAACCGGUGGAGGUGCUGGUCCGAGCACAGGACCGUCUUCCAGCAGUUUCGUGCCUCCAGCAUCAUCAGCACAGAGGCCGAGUGAUGGUGAGACGUCCUCGCAUGCAGGAUCGGAGACGUGCUUCCCUCCUGCCCCUGGAAGUGGUGGACGGUCGGUGAGACAGACUGUGCUCGAGGAGGCGGACAGUAUCCUGGCUGCCUUGCAAGAGGGACGAGAUGAGGACAAAAGGUUGGACGGGCAGUACAAGUUGGUGGGGGGGGAGACGCGGUCACUGGUCAAGAGGUGGGAGAGAAUAGGGUGCAUGCUCCAAAUGGACGGGUGGUCAGACCGGCGAAACAAACCGCACCUGUACGUCAUGGUGUCUUCCCCGGUCGGAACUGUGUUUUGGAAGUCUGUGUGCAUGGAGGGGAGGGAGAAGGACUCCAAAGCGUACUUCAAGUUGUUGGACGGGGUGAUCCAGGAGAUCGGCGCGGGGUCCAUUGUCGACGUUGUGAUGGACAAUGCGAGGGUUUGCGCCAAAGCAGGGAAGAUGGUGGAGGCCAAGUACCCCGGUAUUUUCAGUGUGGGCUGCACAGCCCAUGCCUUGGAUCUGGCCCUGGAGGACAUGUACAAGUGCAUGGACUGGCUGAAGGUGGUCGUCGACAAGGGCAAUCAAGUUGGCAAGUUUUUCACGAACGUCGACAAGGUCCGCGCAAUGUACAACCGGAUCGCGAAUGCACAACUGAAACGGCCGGCGGUCACAAGAUUCGCAACGAACUUUGAGAUGCUUCAGUCGCUGAAGGCGGGGAGGAAUCCGUUGGAGUUGUGCGUCUGCAAUGCCGGAGCUGUGCGUCUGCAAUGCCGCGUGGGUGGAGAAGUUGGUGAGGGGGGAGCAGGGGGCGACAUUCAACGCCGAGUAACAAUGAGCAAAGUGUAUUUCGGCAUGGACGCGGUUGUGGCAAGAAUGCGCACGUUGGACUGCCUGUCGGAGGCCGAGAAAGCGGAUGUGGAGAAGAUUUUGAUGGACCGGUGGGCGUUCAUGACAUCAGAACUGCAUUGCGCGGCCGCCUUCCUCGACCCCGAGUACAGGACGCACACCAUGCGAGACACAGAGAUUCGCGAGGGGUUCAACAUUUGGCUUUACUCGUGGGCGCCACCGAAGCUGAUGCAGGGAGAAAUCAGCAGACAAGUGGACAUGUGGGCGAGCUCGUCGGCUGCGUGCGAGCGAAACUGGAGCUUGCACCAGCUCAUUUUCGGCCAACGCCGCACGAAGAUGUUGCCAGAGAGAUUGAACAAGCUGGUGUACAACAAUUGGAAUAUCCAAUUGUCGACGCGAAGAGAGCGAGGGGACGGGGAAAACGUGCACAUCCCGUGGAAGGACGAUGAGCUGGCAAGCAUGGAGGUGGAUGAGUGGUCUGACGAAUGGGCUGCACAGGUUAGGGAAUGGACAGCCGAUGAUGUUGCUGCGACGGUGGUCCGUGCGGACGAUUUCAAUGAUGCCCCGCUAAAGCGCAGAUGGCUGCGGAACAAUGAGGAGGAGAACUUCGCGGAUGACGAAGACGAUAUCGCCGCACUUGAUUCGCUGGAGAGAACAUGGCACGCGAACAUGAAGCCCGGGAAGCACCGGAUGCGGGAGCUGCGCAGGAAGUCUGGUGGUCAAGAGCCCGAACCCGGGUUCGUGUACACGUUGGAGGGUCGUGACCGUGCAUUGAAGGCACGUCAAACCGAUGAAUGGGUGCAGGGGAGGGAGGAAGUGUCGGGGCGACAGCGGCGCAAGAAGAAGGCAAUGACAUCGGAUGUUGCCGAGGAACGGCCGGUUCAGAAACGAAAGAGGAAGGUCGCGGAGGAGGAUGCAGCACCAAAAAAGAGGAGAGGGCGGCCUCCGCUUUCGCCCGCGAAGAAGGCUGCAAAUGCAGCAGCACGUGCAGAGGCCGCAAGGGCUGCAGCAGCCGAGGUGGGAAGGCCUUCGAGGAGGAGAACGGCCGAGGUGAUCGAGGAUGACGAAGAAAAUCCGGGUCCCAGCCGGAAAAAGCAGUCUUCUUCAUCCUCGUCAUCGUCGUCCGAAGACAGYUCACCGCRGGAGGAGGAGGAAACGUSCCARCAAUCGGACGAUAGUGGRGAGGCGGACGRCGAUGAGUCGGAUGAGGACAAGUCGCAGGCKGAGUCAGACGGGGAAGAACAGUCCGGGGAGGAGGAYGAGUAGACAUUUGCGAAUUAGUAUAGUGAGGGUAGUGUGUCCUUGCGCGCUUUUGUGCUCCUGAAACAACAAACUUUGCAAACUCCG